AUGUGGGCUACAAUUUUGGUAAUUUUUAUAUUUUGAAAAAAAAACCCCCCAUCCUGCAAAAACUACCAGAAAUAUUUCGUAUCAGUUUUGUUAGCUUCUAAUUACCCUGAUCUAGUUGCGAUUUUACAAAAACAAAACUGAAAAAAACCUUUUUUUGACUUCGGUUUUAACGACCUCUCAAAAAUAAAUCGAUGAAUAAUAAUUUUUUUCGAGUCUUUUUCCAAACUUUGAACUACAUUUUUUUAAUACAGAACUCCUGAAGCACUAAAAAAAAUCAAAUUUUCUUGUAAUAAAUCUCUUCAGAAAACAGGAAACUCAUGUAAAAUUCAAAAAUGUCUAAAAUUUAACUUCAGAUAGCCGUUUGCGCUGUCGCCUACGCUCAGAAGACCGGCGUUGAAAUUGGAACUUCGCCAACUUCGGGAAAUUCGAAUGAGUGAGAAAAGAUUCCAUUAUAAGCUAAAAAUGAAAAAGAAAUUGCUUGAAAGCGUGAAAACAGGGACCUGUACGCUUCAUGAGAAUGAUAAUUGGAAGUUUUUUUAUAAAUUGUUUAAUCUCUCAAACACGUCCUCGUUCAUUCAUUUUUGACAAUGUUAAAUAUCUUCAAAAAGCCUAAAGACGAACAAAUUCUAAUAUUUUUGAAGCUUCGCUAAUCAUUUUUUUAAUCAUCAACUUUUUUUCAAUUUUUUUCAGGCUUCAUCAAUGAGUUUUUUCCGCUUGUCUUGGUCACUAAAUCCAUAAAAUAAAGUAUUUAGAAAAAAAUGAGGGUCAUGAAACAUUUAAAUUCCGUUUUUUUCAAAGCUUCGUUAGCUUUUUCCGAAAUCGAACCAUUGGAAAAAAAUCGUUGCUCUCAUUAAAAGUUGAUAUUUUUUUCAACUUUUUUUCAAAUUUAUCAUCAUCAUAAUAAGCUUUUUCUCUGCCUUUUUUGCCACCAAAACCAAGAAAAAUUGGUAUUUAGACAAAUUUAGGGACAUAAGUCAUACAAAUUCAAAUUUUUUUCAAAGUUCCACUAACCCUUUUUCCGAAAUCGAACCAUUGGAAAAAUCGUUGCUCUCAUUAAAAAUGGAUGUUUUUCUCAUUUUUUUUUCCAAUAUUUUUUUUAAGAAUAAGCUUUUCCCUGCCUUAUCUCUCAUUGAAAUCCUGAAAAUCAGUAUUUAGACAAUCCUUCAACCCGGCGCUCCAAGGAGGAUCCCGCGAAAAUCCGGGAAUCAAGGCGCGAAUCAAUCGCAAGGGGUUCGAUGAAGCCAGCCAUCUUCUCGGCUCGGUUUUGAACCAACAGAUUCAGAACACGCCCAUUCCUACCAUUUCUGAAUGUGUUCCAGCAGUAAGUUUUGUGAAAAACCGACUAAAAUUGACAUUUUAGGACCUUUUCUUUCUUUUUUUGGAGAUAUACAACCAUUAUUAGUAAAUUAGAACCUCCAUUCCCACUUUAAAGCCUUCUCGGACCACUUGAGUAGCCUCAGUGCCCUUAAGUGAUCCCUAGAAUUGCUCAGAAACAUCCGGGGCGCGUCCGGUUUUCGUUACGGAAGUCCGAAUUUUUUUCUAAAAACAUUUUCAGAUUCCAAUAAAGUGGAAAAUAAUAUUUCGCUAAUUAGAAAAGGACCAAAAUCCUUAUUGAUUCAAUAUAUUUGACCUUUUUUUGAUAAUUUCAAAAAAGAUUGGAGCACAUUUUUAAGGUCUCCGGAUGCUUGCAAAUUUAUAACCUCUACGUUUCCCGCUACCGUUGUCCCCAGAAAAUCUCCGUCCAUCCGGCGCCACCGAACCGUUUGGUUCUCGAAGUUAAAAACGUGGAUCUCGGGUUUGAAAUCUGAAUUCAAAAACAAGAUUUUUAUGAAAAAAACUAAAGAGUUACUGGAAAUCUCGGCGGCCAAGUCACCAUCCUCGCUCCCAUUGGGCUUUACGGUGUCGUUCAACUUAACGCGUUCCAGGUGAGUUUUUUCCUGACAAUGUAUAAUGAUAAAAUAGCCUGCAGUACAGAAAAAAAUAAUUAAAAAAAUAAUUAUUUCCCGUGAAAAAUCGUAUUAGCGCAGACGCGGUUUGCGUCAUCCUAUGUAAUUUGGCGUUUAUCUCGUGUUGUUUUUUAAUCCCGUGUUAAAACUAAUUUCGGCAAUCUUUAUAAUUGACUCGUUGUUCGUUCGAAAUAUUUCGCGAAAUACGUAAAAUUGGAUUUUCAAGAGCUAUGGAAAGUUGGGUCCUACAAGGAGAUGGCGAAGUUCACGAUAAAACUCUAAAUUUUAAAAUUCUUUGGGAAGAUUUAAAAUUCGCGCAUGAAAGUCGCCAUAUCGCGAUAUAUCUUUGUAGAAAUCAAUAUUUAACGGCAUCUGGAGUUCUAAUUUUGCAUUUUUCGCGAAAGAUUCUCACACGAAUAACCCGCUAAUUUCGAGAUUGCCGAAAUUUCUUUGAUCACAGCAUAACUUGCAUAAUUAUUCUUGGAACUUGUUUUCCCCUUUCAUUCAUUUUUUUUUUAAACCAAUGUCACUUUUUUGAAUGAUUUCUGUUCCUUAGUCCUCGAUCAAAGUCGAAUUGGGCAUCGAAAGGAGCGCAAAUGGCGGUCCAGCCCUGCGAGUGGUCAACUGCCACGUCCGCAUUGGUUACGCCGAUGUCUACGUUGAGAAUGGCGGAUUUAUCAGCCAAAUCGUUAAUGGAAACUUUAGAGUUUACAAGCAGAGCUUGGAAUUAAUAUAAUAUAAAAAAUUCAGGACCCAAUUAUCAGAAAGGUGAAGAAAAUGGCGCCGAAGCAACUUUGCGGCGCUAUUCCAAGGCUUAUUGAUGAUAAGGUGAAUUCAGAGUUUAUUUACUAGAAAUUCCAGCAACUUUCAAACAAUUCCCAAAGAAAAUUCGAUGUUUUUUUUUCAUAAAAAUCCAAUUUUAGGUCAAUUCGAAGCUCAGUGAGCUUCCGCGCGACGUCGAGGUCAGCAAAAUGCUCGAACUUUUCGGCGGAGCCCUUGGAUUGGGCAUGGAUGGCGGCAAAAAUGAGGUUUUGAAAAAAUAAUCCAAAGAAAAUAUAAUUUUUUCAGUGCUCCAAAGUCUGCGAAAAGAUCAGCGAGCAACAGAAAUUUAUCGCCGCGAGAUCUCCCGUAACUCAACAGAAAUCUGUCGUUAGAGCCAGCGGCUUUAAUCAGAAUUUGGUGGGUUUCUUGCACUGGAAUGGCGGAAAACGGGGGCAAAAUGGCUGUUGUAAAGGGUUCCGUUUUGAGGCCUUUAUUGGGCCUUUAUUUCUUGGUGUGUUAAAAAGCCAUUUGGGUUUAUUACUGUAGCACAUUUUGGUGCAUACACAGUCACUGGUAAAGAUUAUUCUCAAUUUGAAAACCUUUUUGUUUCUCAAAAGGGUCCAAAAAGGGUAGAGGACGGAAAAAGGCAGUGAAAAGGAAACCGUUGCCACCCGCUUGAGCCAUCGAAAAAAGGGUCCUGACACGACAAUGCACGAGGUAGUGCCUGGCUCGUGGAGAGCGCAGACAGGCCACGCCCCCUUAGCGCCCCAAGAUAACCAUUAGUCAGCUAUAAGAGCAAUUAAUGGAAAGCUUUUUGAUUCAUAAAAGGUCCUUCCGACUUUGCCUUCAAAUAAGUACAUUUUGACACGAAUUUUUCAGCCCCGAAAUGCUGCUCCUCUCCCGAAAAUCCGCGACUAUCGGGCCAUCCAACAUCAAGUUCCAGCUUCUCCACAGCGCGUAGUACGACUUUCUCAACAUAAAAUUUAUUUUUGAAAAAAAAAGAAAAUUAUGAAUUUUUUUGCAAUUUCGAUGUUAAAAAAUAUUUAUUUGAUUAAAUUUCGUUCGAAAAAAAUCAAGGAAUUUUCAGCUCUGAUAAGCUUAAUUUUAUAAUAAUUGCUUAGAAUUUAUUUUUAAAAAAAGUUUCAUAGUUCUUGAUAACCCUUAUAAAUAUGAGAAUAGUCUUUUUUUCUGAAGAUUUUUAAGGUAAAAACAUCUUUGUUUUCCUAAAUUUUUCAAGCUGGUAGAAACCACUGGAAGGUGCAGAAAAAGUACAAAAAGUCUUUUUUGUUGAAAAAAUUGAUAUUUUAAAUUUUUUAUUCAGACUAAAAAUUCAUUAGAUAUAAAAAAAGCAUACUUUACGUCAAAAUUUUUUGAGAAAGAUCGAAAUUUUCAGUCUUUUUAACAUUUUGAACCUAUAUCACUUGAAUUGUGGAGUUGUUAUUAUAAUGUUAAGUUCAUAUGGUACUUGAAAAAUUUCUGAAACUGUAAUUUCAGAUUUUCGCCCACUCGAGCCGCGCCAAACGAGCCGCCGUCGCUCAGAAACUCUACUUGAACAAGUUGGAAAAAGUCGCCCCUAAAAUGUUGAUUUUUCGAAUUUUUGUACCACUAACGUGAUCAUAUUUUCAUUUCGAAUCCAUUAUUUGUACCUCGAAUUUUUAGCCCGAAAUCGGCCCACGGAAUCCCGCAACUGAAAAGAUCUCCCAUGAAAAGCUCAUCGAGUGUAAGUUUUAGGCAAAAAUUCGGGUUAAGGUUGAUUUUCAGCAUGUCCGAGUUGCCAGACAAAAGGAGGAAUGCGACAAAUGCAAGGAGAAAAAUCCGGCUUCCAUUCUGGAACAGUUCGGAAUCAAGCUGGAGACGGUAGGAAUUCAUCAUGUGGCUUCAAAAUUUCAAAAAAAGUUCUAACAAUAAAAAAAUAGACUUUUUCGAAAAGCUGAAAAAAAAUGAGCCACAUUCAGGGAAGAAAAAAAUAAACCACUUUGAUAAACCCCCCCAAAAGUACAUGGAAAUCUUGUGCCGAAUCGAUUUUUUUAGGCUUAUUUUUUGGGAAAGUUGAUGAGGAAUCGUUAUUUGGCUCCACUGGGGGUAUGAAAACGUUAAAAAUCGCUUUUUUCCAUUUUCAUGAAACUAAUUUCGGCUUUGAAAAAGUUUUUGGGUCCCACAACGAAAUGGCGACUUUUAGGCGCGGAUUUGAAAUUUUCGUUUCAAAAAAAAAAAUGCCCGAAUAAUUUCAAAAUUGCAGGACCCAAUUUUUCAAAACGCUUCCAGAAUUUCAAUUUAGCGUCAAUUUAGUCGAUACCAUUUUGAACAAAGUUUUUUUCUUCCGCUUUGAAUUUCUUCAACCAUCAAAUAUCAAGCUUUAACAAGGAAGGUCAUUUAAAUUGGCGGUUGGGAAUUUCCUGAAAAUUGGCCAGAACGCUCCUCGAUGUACCAGAAGAAAAUUCAGAAAGUCUCAACCUGCACAACUUCCUCUUUUCUCGGAAAAGACGUCUCAAAGUCAAAGAAAACCCUCAAAAUUCAUAAAAAUAGCCGAUUUUGAGGCUUUGAGCCCUUGUUUCUCGAAAACUAAGAAAUUUUGAAGGUUGAGACUUUCAGAAUCUUCAUCUGGUACAUCAAUAAGUGUUCUGGCCAAUUUUCAGGGAAUUCCCAACCGCAAAGUGAAAUGAGCUCCGUUGUAAGAAGCCAAAAAAAAAAAUUAAAUUUUUAAAUUUUCAGGAUAAACUGAAAGAUCUGUCCCUUGGCGUGGAAGUCAAGAACGCCUACGCUUCCAACAACGAUUUCGUUAUCGAACUGGACGGAGGCUUCAAAACCAAAGGACAAGCUGGUCUGAAAACCCGGAAUACCACUAGAAAUUGACCCAAAACUGUUAAGAUACCCCAUUCGGCGCGUUCCCGCUUCAAUUCCCGAGCCCUUCCGAUAACCAUAUGGUCGAGUUGCUCGUCAGCGAUUACACCGUCAAUUCUCUCUUUUAUCAACUUCACAAGUACCUUCUAAACUGAAAAAAAGUGAAAUUUUAAUCAAUAUUAUACAGCAAGAAGUUCCUGACCUUCAAAAUCGGGUCCGAUACCCCGAAAAUCGGAGAAUUGCUCAAAACGACCUGCUCGGAUGAUGACGAUGAGCUGGAGCCGACGGAAGUUGAGGUAAGUAUAUUUUUUUGGAAAUUCUAAAAUAUUGAGUUCCUAUAGCCCUUUUUAGACAGAGUUAUGAAAAAUUUUAGAGUUAAUUUGGGAAAAUAUUAUUGAAAAAUUAUGAUUUUUUUAGUCAGUCCAACAUGAUAAAACAGCGGUCUAGAAUGCAGUUUCUUGCAAGUUUCAGGAGAUUUUAAUUUUUUUUGAAAAAUUAUGAUUUUGACAUGAUAAUACACUUCAGGCCUUACAUUUUUGCAGUUUUUCGUGAAUUUUGAGUUUUUUUUUUUUGAAGAUGAUGAUUUCUAUCCACUCUCACAUGAUAAAGCAGCUAUUCAGGUUGUAUAUUUUCGCAAAUUUCAGAAGAUUUUCAUUCAUUUUCAUGAAAAUGUUGAUUCUUAUUUGAAAAUACACUGGUUUAGGUCUUACAUUUUUUUACAAUUUUUUUCGUGAAUUUUGAGAAUGAAGAUGUUGAUUUUUUUGUCAAUUUAACAUGAUGAAACAACUUUUUUUAGGUUGUGCAUUUCUGCAAAUUUCAGAAGAUUUUCAAUCAUUUUUCAUGAAAAUGAUGAAUCUUAUUUGAAAAAUACACUGGUUUAGGUCUUACAUUUUGCAAUUUUUCGCGAAUUUUGAGAAUUUUUUUUUUGAAAACGAGAAUUUCUAUUCAGUUUAAUGUGAUAGAACAGCGGUUUAGGUCGUAUAUUUUUGCAAUUUUCAAAGAUUUUGCUUUUAUUUUCAGAAAAAUUGUGAUUUUAACGGGACAAUAUACUUUAAGCCUUACAUUUUUGCAAUUUUAGUUGAUUUUGAUUUUUUUUUUUUUGACAAUGAUGGUUUAUGUGCACUUUAACAGGACGGUAAAAGCUUGGGCCUUUUUAUUUUUUUAAAAUUUACAGUUUUUUUAGAUUUUUUUAAAUUAUAAUUUUCAUCUAUGAAAGGACACCGACUUUUUUUUCGCAAAUUUCUUUUGAUUUUGGUUUUUUCGUCGAUUAAUAUCCAGUAUCAUUAAAAAUAAACUAGUUUUGAAUAACUAGUAUAGAACAUUUUCUGCACGAAUUUCGGAAAAAUAUCGUGCUAAUGACUUGCAAAAAACCAUUUUAUGAAGAAAGUCCCUUUCAGCUCGACGACAAAGAAAACAGACGCCAUCGACGGUUCUCGAUGUCGUCGACGUCGAAGCUGAAGCUGAAACGGGAAGUUGAGCUCAUCCGACCUCAGCGAGCUGUCAACGCGAGCAAACCCAUGGUGGCCACCAUUUCGAAGAAACAGAAGCGCGACUCGAGAACCAGAAGACAGGAUGAUACUUCUGGUGAAUAUCGUGAAGAUCUGAAUAUUCGAAAAUUGGGAGAAGUUUCAGCUUGAAAUUGGUCUUUUUUCUAAGUCGAGAGGUGAAAUCAUCUCAUGACGGGGUGGAGAAAAGUCAAAAAAAAUUUGGCGCGAAAAUUUAAAUCUCAAGUACGCACCCAAAGGCGAUCGCACAAACAAGUUAUUAACGUUGAAUACUCAGUGCAUUUUAUCCGGAGCGCGCACUUACUUUUUUUUCGUAAAUUCAGAAACUUUGACGCCCCAUUAGGAAUGCUGUGCAUCUAGAUAGGUCCUUUUUUUUAGUUUUUAAACGCAUUUUUUAUCAGGCGCAAGUUUUCUAGGCUUUUUCAAAAAAUACUUUUUUUUGAAUUAAGCUAACCUAGACAAUUUUCCUCCCACUCACUCGAUUUAAUAUUCCGAAUGAAGUUAAUUUUCCAAAAUAGAAAUUUUUGAUUGAGGUGGAAUCAGUAACUUUCUGUCAGAGCUCACAAAAAGUUCAAAUCUUAAAAUGAUGGAUCUUUUCCUCAUAUUUGGGUUUCCGGAAGCCUAAAAAUUGAAAAGUCUUAUCUUUUUACUCGGGCAAAGUCAGAAUGGGGAAUAAUGGCCCCUAGGCUCAGAAAAGGCAGCCUUUAUCAAGCCUUCCAUUUUUUCUAGGAUCUUAAAGGGUCAGGAAAUGGUGGAAAAAGGGAGAGGCAGCAAAAUAGGUGCAUAAAAGCCGAUGAAAUGGCGCAAAAAGGCAGCAAAAAAGGAGCCUUUUUCCACCCCUUUCCGACUUUGCCUAUGUAGGAUCACAGACACGCAAAAGGACCCAGAAGCUUGAAAAUUUCAGUUUUGAAGAAAUACAUAAUUCUAGGCCUGGCUGACCUCGGAAUCUGCUUCGGCGACAUUCUGCCGGCGAUCCGGGAGAAAUAUCCCGACAAGAAAAUCGCGAUCGAGAUCCACACGACCCGGGCUCCGUCCAUCAUUCUGAGCUCGUCUCAGGGAGGCUCGGCGACUCUUGAUUUGGCCGCCGAUGCCGAUAUCUACAUUGAUGGCACUGAUAAUCGGGUGAAUAAUACCGCUGAAAAUUUUUGGCGAUUUUUAAAAAAUCUGACUUUUUUGGCUAAAAGUCGUCUCUCAACUAUUUUUUACAGUCCUUACUUAGGAAUUGUAGGGUGUUCCCUAUAGGGGUUAGGGGGAAAGCAGCCCCUAUAGGGUUUUAGGGUCUGAGCCCUAGCCCCUAAAGCUUAAGUGGUCCCUAUAGGGGUAUUUCAAUUUUAUUCAAAAACGUUUAUUUAUUUAGUUUUUCGCAUAGAGCUCAUUAAAAUUAUCGACUAGAAUAUCCCCUAUAGGGGCCACUAAAUAAAACCAUGUAGGGACUACUUUUACAAGCUUUAGUGGCCACUAUAGGGGUUGGUAAAGUGGUCGCUAAAAGGACCCUAGUUUUGCCCCUAUAGGCAUCCCUCGGGAAAAUUCAAAAAAAAAUUUUUUUUCAUUUUUUCACUUUUGGAAUUUUUUCUGAAGCUUUUGAGACGAUGAGAAAUUCUGAAAAGCCUUGUUUUAUGGAUUUUCGAAUUUUAAGCCUUACCAUGGUUUUUUCAAAUUAUCAUUUUCUAUAACUCACUUUUGAAACUAAAAUUUUUAUUUUCAAAUUGAAAUUGGAAGUUUCAAGGAUACAGCGUUGUGUUUAAGUGACUAUCAAAAUUUGAGCUCAACUUGAAAAUUUGCAGAAUUUUAAUGAUUGCGAAAAAGAAUGGCGGUAGAGAUUUUAAAAAAUAGAAACAGAAAAAAAAACCCUUUUUAAAGUCCUUUACGUUAAGAAUUCUGUCAAAGCCUCGUUUUUUUGAAGAUUUUUAAAAGUUUUUUUCAUUAUAACUUGUAUUGAAUCAUGAUUCUCAAAAAUAAUUCAUAUUUUCCAGGUCGGAACCCUCUCAAUCGCAGCAACUGUCGAACUCGUAGUGAAGUUGGAGAACGAGAAACUGACUGGAAAAGCUGAGAUCAAGACGAUCAAACUGAAGGACAGUCGGCAGACGUUGGGACUUCCCCAAGAUGCUCUCGACAAUUUGGCCAAUCUCGGCAAGGAAUUGUUGCAAAAGGUGGGUUCGGAGUCUACAGAUACUUACAGUACUGGCCAUAAAGGUAUUUCAAAGUGGUUUGUCGAGCAUAACUUCUCUGAAAAUGGCUCAAACGACUUGAAACUUUUUCCAGAUUUCAAAUAGCUACGCAGUAACUUUUUCCCGAAAGAAGAACUCAUUUGCUCGAGUCAGACCGGAUUUGAGAGCAAAAAAUCAAAAGAUUUUUAUCUUGAGAUUCGAAAAAUCAUAUCUUCGAAGAAACUUUGAUUUUGAAUCAGAAACUUUUUUCCCCGGUAAAACAAGUCUUCGGCUUUUAAAAAAACCCAAUCAGCCCCUUACCAACCCGAUAGUAGGAGCGUAGAGGCUUUUUCUUUGGAAGUAUUUUUUAUUUUGACGUCUCGUCAUUUAAACGGACUAUACGAGGUCAUUUUUGUUUGAGAACACCUUGUUUCAUGUUGAAAAGUUUCAAAAAAACCCUCAAAAAUAGUUUUACCUUUUUUUCUUCAGCUUUUCACUUUAUCCUUUCUCCAGAAAUCGCUUACUUAAUUAGGUCUGAUUUGAACAGUUUUUCUGCACUUUCGGGCCAUUAUUUAUUUUCGAAUUCACGAUUGAAAAGCGAUUGAUCAGAUAAAAACUGCUUUGAAUGCCCGGAAGUACAUUAUUUGAAGAUUUUCCAGUGAAUCCAGAAUUUUUAAAUGUCACGUUUGAGUAGUUUUUCAUAAGCUGUCUGAAGAAAUAAUGAUCGAAUUGCGAGAUUUUUCAAAUGAGUAGAAAGAUAGAAACAUUUUCGAUUUUUUGGGCAAAAGUCAAGUUUCAAGUAUAGACAUAGGCAAGGUCGGGAAGGGUGGAAAAGGAUCCAUAGAAAUGUUCCUUUUUUGCUGCUUUUUCGCGCCAUUCCAUCGGCUAUUUCGCACAAUUUUUGCUGCCUCUCCCUUUCUCCACCAUUCCUUGAGCCUUCAAAAUCCCAGAAAAAAUGGAAGACUCGAUAAAGGGACCCUUUUGCUACCUUUUUGCGACCGUUUUUGAGCCUCUCCAUUUUAGCAGCCAUUAUAUAUCGAUCACUCCGAUUUUGCCCGAGAAUUCUUCAAUUUUAUUUGGUUCUCAAGAAACUGAUUUCGUUUUUCGAUGCUUCAACUUUGACAAGGAGUUUAGGACAAAAAAUAUUGUUUGAUAAUGGGACGUUAUAUAUCAUUUUGAAGCUCAAUGUCUGUUCUUGAAAAAGAUUUUCUUGAAAAAAGUUGAGUGAAUUUUUUCUGUUGCAUAAAAAGUAAAAAAUGCUCUUAAAUUCAACACGAUGUCAAAACGACAUUGAUGAAAAAAAAUUCAUGUGCUUCGGAAAUUUAGGCACAUUUGAAUAAAUUUUUGCGAUUCCGUUCAUAUUUUAUUUUCGAUAGGUUCAUUGUGCGUUGGAAUAUAUUUAAUCUAUUCUAAAAGUUCAAGGAGGCCUUGAAAAACGCUAUUCAACGCUAUGUUUUCAUCCAGUAAAUGCACAAAAAUCGGCUCUCAAUGUCGCGCCACUAUUGCAAUAAGCCGCGCCCCCAUUGCAUACGGCCACGCCCAAUGACCACAUCUGCCGCCUGUUUGGGAACACUGUGAUUUUGUUAUAUACGUAUUAUCAUAGUCAAGGUUUCGAAGUAUAGCUGAUUCACGGCUAGCUUGGGACGGAAAAAGGCGUGGCCUCUCUGCGCUCUCCACCAACCAGGCACUCUCUCUUUUCUUAUCGUGUCAGGAUCUUUUUUUCGAUGGCUCAAGCGAGCCGUGAAUCAGCUAUAUAGUCUGUUCAGAUUUCAAAUGUCAAGUUCUCGAUGAAGCUCCGCCCCCUAACGGCGCGAUAAACCAAUCAGAGAGCGAGCCAUCCACAGAGAGUUUUCGAAUGACGUCAUUCUACUUGAAUUUCGAAAUCGGAACGGACCAUAUUUCAUGAAUUUUUGAACAGUCAAAAAAACGCCUUCUGAAACGAGUUAUGACUGUUUGAAGUCAACCAUUCAGAUACGAAAUCCGUUUCUUGACAACCUAAUAGAAUAUUAAAAAAGCCAUCAAACCUAUCUAAAAUGAACCUCCAGGUGGCCAACGACGGAUUGAAGAAGGGACUUCCCUUCAAGCUGCCCAAAGACCUGCCGCUUCCCAUCGGAAUCGAACACCCCGACUUGAAGAUUGUUGAGCACGGACUCUACAUUGCAGCCGACUUGCAACUCUCUUCCUCCAAGCUUUCUUCCUUGAUUGGAGUUGAAGACACUGGCAACAAUAUUUGUCAGCAGUAA